GACAGAGCAUUGUGCGUGUUUAUGGGAUUUUAUAUAAAACCGUUCAAACGGUGUUUGAAGAGAAGCAGUUGUGCACAGGUGUCAGUUCAGUGCGGAUCCCAAGCGAAAGUGAUUUGUGUGGGCAAAGAAAGCGAGUGAAACCAAAGCAACAUGAAGCAACUAUUGAUCGGCGCGUGUCUGUUGCUGGCCCUUCAGACGUCCUGGGCGGUGGAACCAUCCGCCGAGGUGGAAGCGUCCAGUGAGCAGCACGAGCAGAUCGUGCCAAAGAUUGCGCAGGAUUUUGAGCACCACGAGCCGCACGAUUAUUACGCGUACCCAAAGUACAAGUUCGAGUACGGUGUGAAGGAUCCGCACACGGGCGACCAGAAGAGCCACUGGGAGGAGCGCGACGGUGAUGUGGUGAAGGGCGUGUACUCGCUGUACGAACCGGACGGGUCGGAGCGCGUCGUGGUGUACCGGGCGGACAAGCUGCACGGGUUCGAGGCACACGUCAAGCACAUCCACCACGCCGCUGGUGGCCACGUGCAGUCGUACAGCCAGGAACCGGAGUACCUGGCCGAGAGCCACGGAGAGCACGGCUACAGCUACAGUAAUCAGCACCUGGAGUGAGUGUAAUCGUGGGUCAGGCGGGUCUCGUUGCCGGUCCGUGGAAUCGAUCUCAGAAAAGUGUAUCUUUUUCCCUGCUCAAUAAAUAGUUUCCUUUCCCCACCGAUACGGCUCCAGUUUGUGCUCGAAAGAGACACGCCACUGCAAUCAGAGGUGGCGAUAAAUCAUAAGGCGUAUGCGAUGUUCGUGAUGAACGGGAAUUGUUAAUCUAA